AUGGAGAGCGGCGUGCUUCAUUUGACCAACAUCGACCCCGGCGCCGCGGACCAAAUCUACAAGCUCUUCUCCAUGAUCCUGUGCGCCAACACGCUGGGACAGGCGCUGAUGGCCUCGAUUCUCAAUCCGCCAGUGCCGGGUGAUGCCUCCUAUGCCCUCUUUGCGCAGGAGCGAAGUGACGUGCUGGCAAACCUCACCAAGAAGGCGCAGCUUGUGAGCCGUGAGCUGAACGCCAUGCCUGGGGUGCAGAGUCUGCCCAUCGAGGGGGCCAUGUAUGCCUUUCCCCAGGUGUACCUGCCUGAGCGAUUUCUGCAAGAAGCUCGUUCUGCGGGCAAGGCACCGGACAUGCUCUACUGCAUCAAGAUGCUGGAGGCCACCGGCGUGAUCGUGGUGCCGGGCAGCGGCUUUGGCCAGAG